AUGGAAGAAGUAGCUGACCGAGAAGACCAGCAACAGUCUGGUCAAAUUGAGUUGGAUACCGGUAAUCCUAUGAACGACCCGAUAUGCAGCACUCAGUCAUGGGAACGCACGGGUCAAAUGGAGGAACAGGCCAGACAAGAGAAAAUCCAAAAUCAGGAUCAAGAGCAAGAAAUUGCCCAUAAAACCAACGAAGCGAUGAGAAAGGGCAGCAUGUCGUGA